CGCAGCAGUGAGCGCGCCUUCCGUCUUGCGUAGGGGUCUAACGCUUUUCGAAUCUCUUUCUUCACUCAGGUUUCAUUUUUAUUAUCCGGUAAACAUAUUAUCAAAUAUUUCGUACAAAGUGCACAAUUUUACAAAUAGAAAAGUCAAUUUUUACGUAUUUACGUGAAGGAGAAACGAACGAAUAAUUAACUCAUCGAACGAAAAUAGAAAAUAUUUGCUUUAUUUAUAAACUCUUCUUCCGAAUAAUAUUCAUUUCUUUGAAAAUGAAGAAUAUUAUUAGUGUGUAUGAAAGAACGAACGAUUAAAAUUUCGUCGAUCUCAUCGCGUUGUGUAUCGCAAAUUAAGUAUCGCAAGUGUGUAUGUUUAACUCUAUGAAUAAUCUAAACGAUUUCUUUCUAUAAUCAAGAUCGAACGAAAGUGAUCGAAAGAUUGGAACGAUUUGGAAGGACGAAAGGAAAAUUAUAAUAAUUAUGAGAUAAAAAAAGAAAGAUCGAAGGAACGUGAAGAGGUAUCGAGAAGUGUAAUAAGGUAUCUUCGUACGAACGUGCGUGGGGUGGCAUCGAUGUCGCGAUAAAACGUAUAUACGAAGAUAUAUGAGUAUAGAGAGAGCAUCGAUAUGACGUUGUCUCGUUGGCAGUCGAGGUGUUGCAGGAGUAUCCAUUGGUUUUCGAUUUUUACAGGUCGCUCGUAAGUCGGCCCAUUACGUCAUUAUCGCUCGACGAUGACGGGAACUCGUUGGUGCGUAUGAUAAGUUUACCGAUGUAUAUAAAGGGUCGUCGGUCGUUCGAGCGUGUAUGGAUAUACUAUAUAAGGGGUAGGAUCGUUCGAUCGAGUAAGUCCAUUAAUGUCGCGGCAACGACGAUACGUCGAAGCAUAAAUAGACGGGCUGCUGGCGUCUCUUGGUGAAAAUGAACGAUCGCUCGAGUGAGGAAGAGAAGAAAAGGGAGGACGACGACAUCAUCGUGAGAAAGAGAGAGAGAAAGAUAGUUGUAUUCCUGUCUUCGUUCCAUGAAUGAAGAAGAAAAAUCUUAUCGAGAUCUUCGACAGUUAAUCAACGUUAGUUACGUGAACUUAUCUCAAAUUGAAUAAAGCUUCGAAUUGCAGGUACUUCGGAGAAGUUAUACGUUCGUGGAACGUUAAAGAGGCCGAUAUUUGAACGAGAACGGAAGACGGAGGGAUUGAUAGAGAUAGAGAUAGAUUCGUCUAUCCAGUUAUAGCGACGCAGGAUGUUCAGGAGAAUGCUUUUGCUGAUGAGCGUUUUCGCUCGGUUUGCCGUAGCGGAAGUUGUCCUCGGCGAUGUCGACGAACCUAUUCCCGUAUUAGACAUAACGGCGGUGGCCGGUUUCAAAGCGCAAAUACCUUGCGAUAUCGAGCCACCGACGAAAGACGAGAUGGUUAUCAUGGUCUUUUGGUACAAAGACGGGAAGGAAGGCGAGCCAAUAUACAGUGUGGAUGCCCGCGGUAGAGCCGUAGGUCAAGCAAAGCUUUGGUCGGAUCCAUAUGUAUUUGGGGAAAGAGCGACUAUGAGGACAAACGUGGUGCCAGCUGAACUCGAGAUCGAUCCUUUGCAAUCGACCGAUGGAGGAGUAUAUACAUGUAGAGUGGACUUUAAGGAUAGCCCAACGAAGAAUCAGAAGAUCAACCUCACCGUUAUAGUGCCACCAAAGAAACCGGUGAUCUACACCGGCUCGAGUAAAGUUUUGGCGAAGAUAUUACAACCCUUCAACGAGGGUAGCGAAAUGUCGCUAUUGUGCGAGGUGAUCGGAGGCACGCCCCCACCAAAGGUCACUUGGUAUUUUGAAGGAAAAUUACUCGAUGAUACGUACACGUUAGAGCAUGGAGAUGCUACUAUAAAUCGUUUGGAUGUGUCGCGAGUUACAAGGGAUUUUCUAAGGGCUAGACUGAUUUGCAGGGCGAGUAAUACGCAACUUAUGUCACCGUUAACAUCCGAGAUUAUUCUCGACGUUAAUCUUAAACCAUUAAUGGUAAAUAUAACAAAUAAACGAAAUCACAUAUCCGCAUUAAGAACGUACGAAAUAGAAUGUGCGAGUUCUGGUUCAAGACCCGAAGCCAUUAUAACUUGGUGGAAAGGGACGCAUCAAGUGAAGCAUAUGGCUAGAAAUUUUGCAGAUAGUCCGAACAUAACGAGAAGUGUGCUGAGUUAUGUUCCUACGAUCGAGGACGAAGGAAAGUAUUUGACUUGUCGUGCCGAAAACCCUGUUGUACCUGACAGUGCCUUGGAAGAUAAAUGGCGAUUGCUCGUUCAUUACGCUCCAGUGGUCACGAUCAAAUUGGGCUCGAGUUUGCGGGCGAACGAUAUAAACGAGGGUGACGACGUCUACUUCGAGUGCGACGUCCUGGCCAAUCCAAAAGCUUACAAGUUGGCCUGGUUCAAGGACGGCAAGGAAUUGCAUCAGAACGCGACAGCCGGGAUCAUACUUCCUGGUGGUAGUUCUUUGGUUUUGCAGAGUGUAACUAGAAGUUCGGCUGGCGAAUAUUCGUGUAUGGCUACUAAUCUCGAGGGAAAAUCUACAAGUAGGCCAGUUACGCUAGAAAUAAUGUAUGCCCCAAUUUGCAAAGAAGGCUCAUCAACACAAGUGGUAGGCGCGUUGAAGCACGAGACGAUAUCUCUCGUUUGCGGUGUACAAUCGAAACCACCUCCUACGACCUUUCAAUGGACGUUCAACAACUCCGGCGAACUGAUGAACGUGCCGGCGAACCGAUUCACGCAGGUCAAACCGUUGAGCCUCGUCACGAGCCAUUGGCACGGCUCCAGAAUGAAUUACACGCCGUCGAACGACAUGGACUAUGGGACGAUAGCUUGCUGGGCGAGAAAUCGUAUAGGGCUGCAGAAAACGCCCUGUCUUUUUCAGAUCAUUGUAGCUGGGAAGCCAUAUCCACUGCAGAAUUGUACAGCCGUACAAUCGACCGGACCCUUCUCCUAUCGAAUGGGACACGAAGACUUUAAAGCUACCGACCCGAGGGACGCCGAUUGGUUGAUCGUCAGAUGCUCCGAGGGAUUCGACGGUGGUCUGCCGUUGACUAAUUACGAGUUGGAGGUUUACAGCGAGGAUAACGUUUAUCAUGUAAAUACUAUUUACCUGAAUCACACGGAUAGAUCGACCGGUCCGGUUUUUGAGGUAUCAGGCUUGGAACCAGGAUGCAAUUAUAGACUACAUCUUUAUGCCGUAAAUGCAAAAGGUCGAAGCGAUCCCGUUGUUCUUGAACCUGUUAGUCUCAAAGGAGUCGCCAUGUAUACAACAGGUCGUGGAACGUCCGAAGAAACUACAGAUUACAGUCUAUUGGUGGCUUGCUUCGCCGGUGGUAUAACCGCGGUCUGCAUCCUUAUUGUUGGAAUAACUUUGACUCUCUAUCGUCGAAAUCAUCCGAUGCAAGGUAUAAAGACAUUAACAGAAGUGGUUCAAUAUGAAAGUAAAGAUAAUCGAAUGCUAGCAACAACUAAUACAAUGCCCGGUGUGGCCGCUGCUAUGAUGACGAGUACUACCAGUAAGGAUAUAAGGGAUGAGUUUAAAGAACGUAGUAGUGGCAUGCCGACAGAAUUACCCGACGACGAUCCGGACUUGAUACCAAACAAGCUCCUAGAGCAACGACCCGACAUUUUCCAGCCAAACUAUGCGCCAAGUGGAGCGAACAGAACGAAAGACUUCGGAUGCCUCGAGGAGCUUGAUUUUCCCUCGCCAUCCUCGGUUCUACACGCGAAGGAUUCCUGGAUCUACCCGAACGGUUAUGUUGAGAGAGGAGGAUCCGAAAGGAGUCUUAGUCCAGCUCGACCUAGCACGUUACCCGUUCAUCGUACCCAUGAUAUCUAUACGAGGAGUCUUCGUGUUCAGGAAAGUUGUAUAUAAAUGAUCGACUAAAAAUAGAAAGAGAGAGAGAGAGAGAGAGAGAGAGAGAGAGAGAGAGAGAGAGGGAGAGAGUGAAUGAAUCAGUCUGCGUGCGCAUGUCUGUAUGGUAGAACCAUUUUGACUAUUUCAAUCCUCGUACCAUACGUCGUUCACUCGACGUUUGUACAUAGAGACAAUAAAUAUCGCUAAGGUUCACUGUCCUAUCCUUUUUAUCGCGUCUUUCUUCCGAUGCCCUGUUUCUUCUUCAGUCCUUCCUUUAGAGUUUAGGAUAAUUGUUAAAAGAAGCUAAUGUCACUUCCCGAAGAAUCGCGUUUGUAAAUAGACAAUAAAUCUUUCGUCGUUUAAGAUUCCUCGUAUUAUAAUCUCUUUGAUUUUCGAUUUUUUGAAACACGUUUCCGUAUUGUCCUCUCAAUACAGAAAGUUAAAAGGCAGUUUAUUGGAUUCUUAAGGUUACGACUGGUGUCACAUUCGUCUUUCGUUUCAUUUGUCAGCUCCUCGAGAGUUUAUGUAAACGUUUGUAUAUAUGGAUAAUAAAUCUCGUUGUGUAAUAA